UAAGGAUUUUGAUUCAGAAGAUUAGUAGCUGUUAUUACUGCAGAAGCAAGAAACUUAACGGAUCUAUUUUGUGCAAUCUUGAGAGAAAAGAAAGGAGGAGAUGUCAACGAGAAAACCACUGCCGUUAAAAAAGAAGACGCACAGUUUACAGGAUCUUCAGCAGCCAGCUGUCUCCUCUAAAGUGUUCAUCCAGAGGGACUACAGCUCAGGGACCAUUUGCAAGUUCCAGACAAAACUGCCCUCCGAACUUGAGUCAAGGAUUGAUAAACAGCAGUUUGAGGAGACCAUCCAGACCUUAAACAACCUGUAUGCAGAGGCAGAGAAACUUGGAGGAAAGUCCUACCUGGAGGGCUGUCUGGCUUGUCUUACAGCAUACACAAUCUUUCUCUGUAUUGAAACACACUAUGAGAAGGUGUUAAAGAAAAUUGCCAGGUACAUCAAGGACCAGAAUGAGAAGAUUUAUGCUCCAAGGGGCUUGCUACUUACUGACCCCCUAGAGAGAGGAUUGAGAGUCAUUGAAAUCACCAUCUUUGAAGACAGAAGUAUUGGAUCAGGAAGAUAAAGAACCAUGUCAAAUGCCAUCACAUGUAAGUGAGGAUUUUUAAUGAAGAGUUGGCUUCAAUGGGAGGUUCUUGGAAGCUGCAGCGUAAUGUUGUUUAUGCGAUCAUAUAAGAUCAUGAGAUCAUAUCCGUCCCAGAUCAUCUUUCCUGACAGUCUGUGACAGCCUCUUCAUUCUUUUCUUCUAUACGCCUGAAUGUUUUACUAGUUUUUAUACUUUAAACUUUCUUGAGCCCAUAGGUUGGUUUAUUCUUGCUGUAUUUCAUUACAUUAACAAUUACACUUCCUUUUUACUCCCCAUGUAGAUUGAUCACUGACUGGCCUCUUCAUGUCUGGAAGCAUGUAUUCAGAUUGUGUUACAUGAUUGGCUGUAUAUAAUUUUGAUUUUAAUCUUACUUCUGUUAUUUAUACAAUGAUUACUUUUUUUGUGCACAUAUCUUACUUUUUUUAUUUUUUAUAUAUUCACCAUGUACAGAUUAGACCUCCAGUAUUUUAACAGUGAAACCUGCUUCUUCAUGUCCAAUACCAAUACCAUAAUACUAUCUACAACUUGCCACACUGUAGUUUAUCGUAAUGUGGUCUCACUUGUGUAUUGAAAAAUAGCCUGUCUUUGCCUUGGCAUUUAGUUAAACUGCACUAAAUCUCUGCAUCAUGCGAUCUUACACUUUUCACAGUCACAGUCACAUUCAUUCUUAAUGUCACUUUCUCUUUCUUCUGCCAUUUUUCACUGUCACCAUACAACUCAGAAACAUUCAACACUAUUUCCUUGUUUAAAACUUUUUUUUUAAUUUAAUUUUUUAUUUUUAACAAUCAGGCGUAUUGUCUAAAUAAAUGACCAUUUUUGUC